UCCAAACUCAUAACCUCAUUUCUCCACCAUACUCUCUCUUCCUCCAAACCCUUCUCCACAAUCUCUCAAUGGAGAACUUGUUUCGCCUAGUUGAUAACCAACAAGACUCAAUCUCACCUCGUUGCAUUUGGGUUAACGGUCCUAUAAUCGUAGGAGCAGGACCAUCAGGUUUAGCAACAGCAGCAUGCCUCAAACAACAAGGAGUACCCUUCAUGAUACUCGAAAGAUCAAACUGCAUAGCUUCACUAUGGCAAAACAGAACCUACGACAGACUCAAACUUCACCUCCCGAAACAAUUCUGUCAACUACCUAACUUCCCAUUCCCACAAGACUUCCCUGAAUAUCCAUCCAAGAAACAGUUCAUAAACUACCUCGAAUCAUACGCGAAACACUUCGAAAUCAACCCGCAGUUCGACGAGUGUGUUUCAUCGGCUAAAUACAACGAGAAUACUGGAUUAUGGAGAGUUAAAACUAAAACUAAAACUAAAACUGUUUCCAAUCAGAAUGAAAUUGAGUAUAUUUGUAGGUGGCUUGUUGUUGCUACUGGCGAAAAUGCAGAGCGUGUUGUGCCUGAUUUCGAAGGGUUGAGUGAAUUCAAUGGCGAAGUUAUUCAUGCUUGUGAUUAUAAAUCAGGCGAAGGUUUUCGAGGGAAGAAAGUGCUGGUUGUUGGUUGUGGUAAUUCCGGAAUGGAACUCGCUCUUGAUCUUUGCAAUCAUAAUGCAUCACCCUCUAUUGUUCUUCGCAGCUCGGUUCAUGUGUUACCUAGAGAAAUGUUGGGGAGAUCAACAUUUGAAUUGGCGGUUAUGAUGAUGAAAUGGUUACCUGUUUGGUUUGUUGAUAAGAUUCUGUUGAUGUUGGCUUGGUUGGUUUUUGGUAAUAUAGAGAAGUAUGGGAUUAAGAGGCCAUUGGAGGGUCCUUUGGAGCUGAAGAACACAAAGGGUAAAACACCUGUUUUGGAUAUUGGUACCUUGGAGAAAAUUAGAUCUGGGAAUAUAAAAGUAGUUCCUGGAAUUAAGAGGUUUUGUGAUGGUUUUGUUGAACUUGUUAAUGGUGAAAAGAAUGAAGUUGAUGCUGUUGUUCUUGCUACUGGUUAUAGGAGCAAUGUUCCUUUUUGGCUUAAGGAAGGUGAGUUUUUCUCAAAGAAUGGAUUUCCAAAGUCACCAUUUCCAAAUGGUUGGAAAGGAAAUGUUGGACUUUAUGCUGUUGGGUUUACAAAGAGAGGGCUCUCUGGUUCAUCAUAUGAUGCUAUGAAAAUUGCUCAAGAUAUUGGUCAAGUUUGGAAGCAAGAAACUAAGCAAAAGAAACAACGCAUUAGUGCUUGUUAUAGGCGUUGCAUUUCACAAUUCUAACUACAUAUAAUGCUAGUGUUGUUUCUUUUAGCUAUAGGAAUUUGUUGGUGUAUAAAAAAUAACAAUAUCUUUUGUAAAAAAAUGUAUACACACAAAUAAUAGAUAGCAUAGAGAUAGAGAGAUAGAGCCAGCCCUCUCCAAAAUGGCCCAAGUUUUUGAUUUUGUUCUUGUUUUUGGGCCUUUCUUUCGGAGAACAAGGAUGAUGAGGCUUUUUAGUUUUUGUUCUUGUAACACACUUUGAUUAAGUUAUUAAUGGGUGCAAUUUCAACUUCAUUUUUAA